AUGGAUGACAAGCGUUCAAAGAGUUUAAGGCCGGCAUCUCAAAGUUCCUGUUCAAAUCAUUCCAAAGCUGCAGAAGCCUUUCCGCUGGAAACUAAAGGUCAAUCAAAGUCAUCUCGUAAACAAAACGUUGAACGAAAUAAGACAGGUAAGGGUAGAAGACGAGAUCGUGGUAAGAAAAAUGAUGAUGUUGGAGUCAAGCUUGUCCUGCGGUUAUUACCUCCAGAUUUGAGUCAAGAUCAGUUUUUAGAGACCAUAAAACCUGAAGUUGGUGAAUUUUCUGAUUGUGGAGUGUUAGAAUGGUACUACGUACGUGGACAUUACCCCCAGAAGCUGAGCACAAGGCCUGUCUACUCUCGUUGCUACCUCAUAUUCGAGAGCACUGAAUCUCUGGCAGAAUUCACCAAAAAAGUUCAGCCUAUUAAGUUUGUUGAUGAUAAGGAUAAUGCCACUAACGUAGUGACCAGGGUGUCAACCUACGUCAAGAGAUUUGUACCAAACACGGUGGACCCCAGUCCUGUCAGCGCCGCACUUGAAGGCACCAUCACAGAGGAUCCGCUCUUUUUAACUUUCAUGAAAUCAUUAAAGAUUCUAGAAGAAAAGAAAUCAGACUAUUCGUUUGCUGACGUUAGUAUUUUGAAACCACUCGAGAAAGAAGUUGCCAAGCAGAAAGCGGUUGAGUCAGAGAUACAGAGAAAGACUGAAAAUGCAUUGAUAGCACUAACUGGGGAUUCAGGAAAGAAGAAGAAGAAGGAGAAGAAAAAGGGCAAGAAGAAGGAAUUGAAACCCAAAGAAGAAGCUGGUGGUGAGAGUACAUCAGGCCGUAAGCGCAAGGGAACGAAGAAGAAAAAUAAGGCGCUCAAAGGUGGAGAGCAUGCUGCUAAAGAUACAGUGAAGAACAACAAUAUAGUAAUCCUCGAAGCUGCUGGUAGGAAAGAAUUACAAAGGAGAAAGAAAAUGCAAUUGGAGAAAGAAAAGGCUUUAGAGAGCCCUUCAAAGGCAAAGAUCAAGCCCAAGCAGCGAGCCAAAGGGAAAUCUGAAGAUUCAGAAGAUGGCACAAAAUUGAAAAUGCUUAAAAGAAAAGUUCCAGAGCAGUCUUAA